AUGGUUUCUGAGACCUUUCGUGAAAUCUUUACUGGGCCGACAUCUUUAUACCAUUGGCUUAACAAAAAAAGAUCUUCAGACCCUAUUAUUGUAAAAAGUAAGGAGGCCCCUGAUCAGUCAACAACAACAAUUUACAUCUUCCAUGCUAGUGGUACUGAAUUGUCCCAAAAAGUUGUGGGAUCUAGAUGUGCAUGGUGUGUUACUUUACAAAGAAAACAAACAACCAGUUGUGAAAUUGCUGUACAUAUAAAUGAUGAACACUCUAAUCAUGAAUUUUUUGAGUUUAAAGCUGAUGGAACUCGCUUUCCAAAAUCAUUUGCUAUUCCAGAAAAGAGUAUUUUGCCAUCACCAUUGUCUUCAAAAAAAUUUACUUCAGGAACUUUUGUAAACUCUCGUUCAUUUAUUCCAUUCACUGCAAAUUCUGAUAUAAUUGCUGAAAAUAAUACUUGUGAACAUUGGAUUCAACAACAAAAUGACGAGGAAAUAGAUGCAACAAAAGGUAUUGUGGAUGGAGCAAAACUUUUAAUGAAAUUGUGGAAUAGAUCCAUGGAACAAAAAAGAUCUCUUUCUGAUUCUAGUUUUCCAGACCUUUGUAUAAAAUUUGCAUCUAAACAUGCAGAACAAAUUGUAAAACUUGAACUAAGACAAAUUUUUGUAAGACAACUGCUUAAUUUCUGUGAUGAUGAAAUUAUUGAAAAAGAUUGCCUAGUUAAUUGUUUAAAGAUUGUUGAUGAUUAUGUUGUAGAAAAUUAG